AUGGAAUUAUCAGAUAGAGUAAUCAUCUCAAAACCUUUAUAUAUCAAAGAACCUGCUAAACAUUGUGGCUAUUGUAAAGGAAUGAAGGAUGAAAGUUUCAGAAGUUAUUUUAGUUUAGAUUCAUGGUACAAUUUACACAAUAAGAAUGGUAGAGAUGAUCUGGAUAAUUUGGAAUUUAAUAAUUGUACACUAGGGCUCCAAGCAGAACUAAUUCCAGUUGAGAUAUAUGAUGAAUUGUGCAACAUGGGAUUCAGAAGGAGUGGCAAUUUUUUGUAUAAACAAGAUUUACUAAGAAAUUGCUGCAGAUUAUUCACCAUUAGGACUACCUUUGAACAAUGUAAAUUAUCUAAGGAAUUGAAAAGUUGUAUAAAAAGGUUUAAAAAAAAAAUGGUAACACAACAAAUACCGUUACCAUCGCGCAAACAACAGCGCAAACAGGAAGCUUUUGACAUGAUGAAGGAAUUGUAUGAAAUUGAAAAAUACAGCGACACUUUUUAUACCAAGUUCGAGCCUAGUGUUUUCUCAAAGGCAAAAUAUGAAUUGUUUAUUAAAUACCAAAAUCAAGUUCAUAAUGAUUAUAAAACUAGUGAAGAGUCAUUUAAGAGAUUUUUGUGUCAAAGUCCAUUCCCCGAAGACGUGGUGGCAGGCACAAAAGAGGAAUGGGAAGAAUUAAAUAAUUGGCAAAAAACUUAUGAGGAGGAAUUUAUUGAUUGCACUGUCGAUAGCAAAAUACGAAAACCCUUUAAAAGAAUCGGACCAGUCCAUGAAUGCUAUUAUUACAAUGAUAAGUUAAUUGCACUUGGUGUUUUGGAUUUUUUGCCCAGUGGUAUUUCGUCAGUUUAUUUUAUCUGGGACCCUGACUUCCAUAAACUCAAUUUAGGGAAAAUUAGUGCCCUACAUGAAUUAAGUCUAGUUGAAUUAUCUAAAAAAAAUUAUUAUUAUUUGGGAUAUUAUAUUGAAGAUUGUACAAAGAUGGUUUAUAAGAAGAAAUUUGGUGGAGAAUUAUUGGAUGUUUGUAAUAAUCAAUAUGUUCCAUUACAUAUAGUUGAACAUAUGAUCCAACAUGGAAAAUUCUUUGUAUUGUCUAAUCGUAAAGGUCGGGGGAUCGUCAAUAAAGAGCAAGAGGGGGAGGAGAAGGGAGAGGACACUUAUGACGAUGAUGAAGAAGAAGACGAAGAAGACGAAGAAGAUCACUAUGAGCUACCUAUAAAUAACAAGAUCAAAUUUGAUUUAAAUAAACCAUUAAUUAAUAUAGCCGAAAAGAUAUAUGGAGAAAAGGAGGGCUUAGCUACUCAUAGUGCCAACUUGUCAAUUAAUAAAUUGAUGGAUUAUGGUAUUGAAUAUACUCCCGAAAUUUUCAACGAUUUAUAUAAGUUAAAACCACUAAAAUUACCAAUUGUUUUGAACAAUAAUAACAGGUUUUUUGAUGGUGGUGCUACUGAUAACGAUGACAAUAUUUUAACAAACAACAAAAUGGAAGAUGAGGAAAGCAGUGAAGAGGAAUUUUUUGAAGAAGAAGAUGGCGAUGUACCGGGAUAUACUAAAGAGAUAUAUAGCAUUCCAAAUGUGGUUCCAGGACUAUUGCCGAUGUGGCAAAUAUUACAAAUAAUUGAGAGUGGUGAGAUUGACCGGUUGAACAACAAAUUAAUGAUUUAUAACACUAGAAAUGGACAGGUUAGAUUGGUUAGAGAUUUUUCAAAGGAAAGUAAAAGAACUAAAAGAUGUAUUUGCAAUGUUAUUAGAUUACUGGGACUAAAGAUAACCGCUAAAUCCUUGAUUAUUAUUUAG